GCACAGCGUCACCUGAGUGUCCAAUUUUGAAGACAUCGCAUACAGACAUGAGCGUUUCUUAUCUGAAACUGAAAACGGUUACACCGCCUUCACUCGGUCUUCUCCUCAGAUUCUCUCCUUUCUUCUAUGUUCUGGCAGAAUCGUGAUAUUACAGUGGACUUAUCUUCGUUGGCGAAGAUGAGCGCCAUUCUAGCAUUCCGAUCACGGUGUUGUUUUGGAUUUAUACAGAAUGCCGAUUGUAGACAGUGUGCGAUGUCUCCGCCGUCUACGGCUGAGAUGUUACGAUUUAUGAAGCUUGUCGAAAGCAAUGUGAUUGGAUUAGACCGCAGUCGUAAAAGUUUGAGCCUGUAUGGUAACAGCGUGAGGUCAAACUUUUUCAAGCCGAUUAAAGCGGAGGAUGACUCUGGCGCAUCUUUAGUUGAUGAUUGUACUGAAUAUUCCGGUAGUAAUCUCGGCCAGAUGUCAAAUGUGGGGAAAUCGACAAAUAUUUUGUGGCAUGAAACUCCAGUUCAGAAACUUGAUAGGCAAAAGUUACUUCAGCAAAAGGGCUGUGUCAUUUGGUUAACUGGUCUUAGUGGAUCAGGGAAAAGCACUCUAGCAUGUGCUUUGAGUGAAAUCCUGCAAUCCAGAGGAAAACUGGCUUACAUCCUUGAUGGUGAUAAUGUUCGGCAUGGUCUCAACAAGGAUCUUAGUUUUAGAGCUGAAGAUCGUUCAGAAAACAUACGAAGGAUUGGUCAGAUACUGUAUAAAUGUGAGGUAGCAAAACUCUUUGCAGAUGCUGGUCUUAUUUGCAUUACGAGUUUAAUAACACCUUACCGGAAAGAUAGGGAUGCCUGCCGAGCACUACUUUCCAAGGGAGAUUUUAUUGAGGUUUUUUUAGACGUGCCAUUGCACAUAUGUGAAUCAAGGGACCCGAAGGGACUCUACAAGCUUGCCCGAGCUGGAAAGAUCACAGGUUUUACAGGGAUACAUGAUCCAUAUGAACCACCAUCUAGUUGUGAGGAGAAUACUGAUGAUUUCUGGCUUUAGCAGUGAUUUCAUUCUGUAAUUUCUUUUCCUUCUCUUCGGGGCGGUCUGAUCUAAAAUGCAAGGCACCAGGGCCCUGACUUAUUACCAGAUAAAUUUAUCCAUUUAUCCUCUUGUGUUUUCCCUUUAAACUUCUUUAAGUUCGUCUGUCCUUGAAUUACAAGUCUUCUUUCUUUCUUUCUUUUCUGUUCUCCAUCUUGCUUGUCCCUCUCCCCUUCCUCUUUCUAAAAACUGAAUGCAUGCGUGCUUGAUGUUGCAGAUAGUGUUACAAACAGAAGGAACUGACUGUGCUUCUCCGAGUGACAUGGCAGAAACAGUGAUAGCGUACUUAGAAAAGAAUGACUACCUGCGGGCCUAAAGGGACCUUCCUUUCUUGUUUGUUGCAAUCACAACAUGUUUGUGGUAACAUCGACUGCAGAAAUAAAGCCAGCUGCAAGGAAAUUAUCGUUUCCUGCAAGUCUGCUUCUAUUCUUUACAAAGGGAUUGGUUUUCUUUGAUUUGUUAUCCAUUGACGAAUUAAGGUGUAGUUGUAGUUGGAGUUGAUACUAUUUCUGUAUCGAUGCAGAGGGAUGCAAUUAAAACCCUUGACGCAAGGGAUAUAAUCAUAUAGUCACCUUCCAUUCUUCCUAA